GUGCACAGUGCAUAUGCUCCGCGCAGCCCGCCGACCGCUGUCCCAAACCCUCGACGCCGGCCGCCUACUAUCCCGCACGAUGGCCUCGGAACCAGCACCACAAACCCCGACGAGGCUGCCGGGCGCGCCGAACCCCCCCGUGCCCAAGCCAACUGGGCUAGUGAUGCAGAUCAUCCUGCGGCGCGACCUCGUGACGGAGCUGGGCUGGCCCAUGGGCCCGAUGAUGGCGCAGGCGGCGCACGCCGCCUCGGCGGUGCAGCACGAGUUCGCCGAGCACCCCGACAUGAAGCGAUACCUUGCAGGCGACGACGGGCUCGCGUGGAUGGUGAUGCGCAAGGCGGUGCUCGAGGUGCCCGACUGGGCGGCGCUCCGCGCGCUGGCGUUCAAGCUCGACGAGGCGGGGUUCCCGGCCCACCUGUGGAUGGAGGAGCCAGAACACACGCCGACGGCGCUCGCGCUCGUGCCCAAUAAGCGGCCCAAGGCGCUCAAGAAGAUCCUCGACGAGGCGGGGGUCACGUUGUGGAAGUAGGCGGGCGAUGGGCCAGACGACUCCGCACAGCGAUUGUGUGCGCCGGCGCGCGGCGAUGCAGACGAGGCGGGAGCACACAUGUUUGCGCCACCACCCAUGCUAGCGAUCAGCAGAUCCCACGCACACAGAUGUACACUUGAC